CGUUAAUGAAGAGUUUUUCGCCUUCUCCGUCCGGUUAGCUGAUUCCUAAUCACGAGCUAGUAGGAAAUUUGACGGACAACGGACAUUGAUACUAUUUGGGAACCAAGUCAGAUCCGGCCGAAAUCCCAAUAUCUUCUCCUAUUUUCUUUUGCGAAAACUCCGUUGAGAAUAAAGUACUAGUAUAUGAGCUGAACCACGUCCCUUGCUUGACCGUCCUCGCUUUGUGGAAUUUUGUUUAACCAGGUGCCCUGGGCAAUAUCCUCUCUUUCUCUCACGAGUCGUGCUCGUGUUUGAUUCAUUCCGUUUUCUUCCUUCUCGACUUCAUUUAUAUCCAACGAUGCGGUGGUCUCACCUGGCCAAGGGCCUACUGAUGGCCCUGGCCUGGAGUAGCAAUGCAGUCACAGCCCACCCGACCAAUUCCACAUCGCACUCCUUGGAAAAGCGUCUUUCUCAGAUGAAUAUUGAGUGUGAUUAUUAUCCUGGGCACUUCGUCUGGGACCACUUGCAAGAAGUGUCGGAAAUACUGGACGUGGUAAUUCAAAGGACUCAAGACCUUUACAACUUUCUCGAGGGCCAGCCGACAAUGAAGUUCUUGGAAGAUGAUGCAAAUGAGGUCUUGCGAUCAACUUUCAAUACGUUUAAGUCUAUCUACGGCGAGUUCUUCUGGGGCCCGGAGGAUAGCAAAAGCAAGGACGGCAAAGGCCGCGUCGAGAAGGUCCUUGAGAAUUAUAGCACCAUGCGAACCCGGGCCUCCACCAGUGGCUACAUCUCCAACGUCGAGAUCCGGUGCAACGACAACUGGCUCAGCAAGGUUGACAAGAAUGGUCAAUCUUUCCCUGAACCUCACUGGUACUUUGACAACAGGCACCCUGACCAGGCGGCGCAAUGGCCUGACAAAGGCUGGAUUGACUUUACGGAGGCUAAUGGGCAAUGUCGUGAUGCCGGUCACACCCAUUAUGCCUGGGUCAAUGAUAAAAUUCAUGGAACCGCUCAGAGUAUCCUGACGCUCUGCCAGGACUUUAUGGACUAUUGGCUUGACCAGUGGAACGCCGACAUCAAGCUGCCCCUCCUUCGCAAACAGGAAUAUUCAUCUCAGGAGAAGAAGCUCGAUGAUUUCCCCGGGCACUUUCUCAGUGCGGCCCUACUGCAUGAGUUGACCCAUGUUUCUCAGAUCUUCGGCAGCCCGCCAACAGUUGACCAGCCAUGUCGUCUCAAGGAUGGGAAAAUUGUGGGCGGAUAUGGAUGGUUCUGCAUUACCCAGAUUGCAUCGUCGUCCCCGGAAAAGGCUAUGCUUAAUGCAGAUUCAUAUAUGUUCUAUGCACUGGCCAUGUACUUUAACCUGAACGACUGGUCCACUGGAUAUUCCGAACCACUUACAGAAUUGUAA